AUGGCUAUCGUCACUUUAGAGCACAUUGCUAUUGCAGAGCUGAUCAUCUACAUCCCAACGGCUUUGGUCACCAUCUUGGUUGUCCUACGCCAUGGCUUUCACAAGCAACUCGGCUGGAUAUACUUGUGUAUAUUCUCAGCAAUUCGAGUUGGUGGAGCCGUUAUGGAGACCUUGAGCACGAGAAACGCAAAUAAUUCAACUUAUAAAGAAUGGGCUAUAAUUAUACAGUCUGUCGGAUUAUCCCCACUUCUUCUAUCAACAUUAGGUCUGCUAAAACGAGUUUUUGACGAGACAUCACAACAUAUGCCGUCAAGCCCAGAGUCUAAGCGUAAUACCAUUUUACAAGGAUUAUCAUCUUCUGGUGUUGGUGGUAAACUCAUUGGAAUAUAUUCCCAAAGGGCUACAGCUAUAUCGAGGCGUAGCAAACUUAUUCAGCUCCUACAUCUUCCUGCGCUUAUCGCCCUGAUUCUCUCUAUCAGCGGCGGAACUAACCAAACCUCGUCAACUGUCUCAAAUCACACUAGUGGCAAGACCCAAACCUGUGUUGCAAUCAUCAUCUUCCUGAUCAUUUAUAUUGCGACCUGUAUACUAUGGAUUAUCACGACUCGGGAUAUCAGCGUUAUGGUAUCUAGUCAAAAGCGCAUCUUCUUAUGUGUGCUCCUGGCAUUACCUUUUAUCGCGGUUCGCAUUCUCUACAGUCUGAUUUGUGAUUUUGGAAACAAUCCCCAAUUUUCAUUGAUCUCUGGUGACCCUGAAAUCCAAUUGGUCAUGGCGACAUUCGAGGAGUUUGUCGUUGUCUUGAUUUACACAAUCCUGGGUGUGAUUACGCCAAAGUCUGUGUCAAAUGCUGUCACCGAUGCUCGUGAGCAAGAGACAUACCAUAUGACUGGGGAUGCUGAACAUGGCCGUUAUCAUCAAAAUACUGACCGCCUAACAUAUGAAGAGUCUAUGUAUGCCCACGCGGCAGCUCAAGCGGUCCACAAUCAACAUGUACGGCGGUAA